CACACACACACUGACACACACGCACACAGGCACUUGUGUUGGGUUUGCUCCUGAACUCCAACUGCCAGUCUGCCAUGGCUGCCGCAAUUAAGGUUGUGUUCGGACUUCUUACGUUUGUCACUGUCGGAAUGAUCAUAGGUGCUUUGUUCCAAUUGGCAUUUAUACGAAGAUUGGAAGAGUCAUAUAGAUCUGAGUUUCCACCUGCAAGGAGAGUGGGCAGAACUCUAAAUGAUGGCUAUCUUCAGUUCCCCCGAGGUAUCCCUCAUUGGACCAAUGACAAGGAAGCAGAAGUGUUACGCCUUGGAUAUGUUAAACCUGAAGUUUUAAGCUGGUCACCUCGAAUAAUUCUGCUUCAUAACUUCUUGAGCAUGGAGGAAUGCGACUAUCUUAGAGCAGUUGCCUCUCCUCGCCUUCAAGUAUCCACUGUAGUGGACAUUAAAACAGGAAAGGGGAUCAAGAGUAAGGUUCGUACCAGCUCUGGUAUGUUCUUGAGUCCUCAAGAGAAGAAGUUCCCAAUGAUACAGGCAAUUGAAAAACGUAUUGCUGUCUAUUCUCAAGUACCAAUAGAAAAUGGGGAACUGAUUCAAGUUUUGAGGUAUGAAAAGGAUCAGUAUUAUAAACCUCAUCAUGACUAUUUCUCUGACACUUUUAACCUGAAACGUGGUGGUCAGCGAGUGGCAACCAUUCUGAUGUAUCUGAGUGACAAUGUUGAGGGUGGAGAAACUUAUUUCCCUAUGGCUGGCUCUGGUGAAUGUAGCUGUGGCGGAAAAGUUGUUAAGGGUAUGUCUGUAAAGCCAACUAAGGGAGAUGCUGUACUUUUCUGGAGCAUGGGUCUGGAUGGCCAAUCCGAUCCAAAUAGCAUACAUGGAGGGUGCGAGGUGCUAGCUGGGGAAAAGUGGUCAGCCACAAAAUGGAUGAGGCAAAGAGCUGUCUCCUGAUUUUUCUAGCCUUGAUCCUCUUAUAUUAUAUGAGUUCUGGGGCUUUUACUUAGUUCUUGAGAUAGAUAGAUAUGUACAGUCAGAUCUCUCUAAGCUAUGAUGGACGUCAAGUUUGGGAUUCCAAAUAUUAUGGCAUCAAGGGCAGCGUUUAUACCACCCAAAUAUUAUGGCAUCAAGAGUAGCGUUAUACCACCACCCAGUUUAGGUAGUAGCGGAAUUAAACUCUGAUAGAAAGUGGAGAGUGCAUAUGAUCACGGAGUAGUAUUGAGAUAAGGUGCAUCUUGUAAAGAAAUUCAGUUGCUACGACGGGAUACGCAACUUUGAGAUGCUUUCUUGAUGCAUAUCUAGCUUCUUAUGAACUUUUUCUUGAUAUCAUUAAUGGAAAACUUGUCUGUCAAAUUUCCUUCCAAAGUGUCUUACCUUGUACAAGUGUUUAUAGCAUUGUCGCUCUCAGCUGCCGUUUUCUGGAAUGCGGUAAGAUGAAGCUACUUUGCUCAGUGUGACCUCUGCAUCUAUUGCCAUAUUUUAGUAUAA